AUGAAUCUAGGCAAUGCAAGUGCUCCAAAGAUCUUCAUUCUUUUGGGAUUCUCCAACCAUCCAUGGCUGGAAAUGCCCCUCUUCAUAAUGGUGUUUGUUGCUUAUGUCUGCACAGUGCUGGGAAAUAUCUCAAUUAUUGUUGUAUCCAGGAUAGACUCUCAACUGGACAGUCCAAUGUACUUCUUCCUUUCCAACCUCUCCUUCUUGGAUCUGUGUUUUACCACAACCACCAUCCCUCAGCUGCUUCUGAAUCUUUGGGGCCCAGAUAAAUCUAUCAGCUACGCAGGCUGUGUGACACAGUUUUAUGUUUUUCACUUCCUGGGGGCUACAGAAUGCAUCCUCCUGGCUGUGAUGUCUUUGGAUCGUUACAUGGCCAUAUGCAAGCCCCUAAGGUACUCAGCCAUCAUGCACCAGCAACUCUGCAUCCUCCUGGUGUCCAUGGCAUGGCUGAGUGGUUUGGCUAACUCCUUGCUUCAAUCAACCCUCACUGUCAAGCUGCCACUUUGUGGAAACAACAAGGUAGACAACUUUCUCUGUGAGGUCCCAGUGAUGAUCAAGAUGUCUUGUGCUAACACCGCCUUCAACAUAGCUAUGCUCUCCAUUGUAGGGACUUUCUAUUCCCUGGUUCCCUUGUCACUUAUUCUUAUUUCCUAUGGGUUCAUUGUAGCUACUGUGCUUAGGAUUCGUUCCUCAGAGGGCAAGAAGAAAGCCUUUAAUACGUGUGGUUCUCAUGUUGUUGUUGUGUCUCUUUUCUAUGGGCCAGUGAUCAGCAUGUAUGUACAACCCUCAUCUUCUAAUUCUCAGGACAAGAACAAACUUCUGUCCCUGUUCUACAGUUUGGUGACUCCUAUGCUUAACCCUUUUAUCUAUACUUUGAGGAACCAGGACAUGAAAGGAGCUAUGAAGAGACUUCUUGUCUCAUUGUAUCACAGGGGAACAGAGCAAACAUAA